UCAAACGUCGAAUGAGAAUUUCAACGUAUUUUCUAUCUUCAACUUGUUGCGAUAAACAAAUAAUUUCGUCUAAUCUUGGAUUAAUUUUGACCGUGAAUUAUAUAGGAAAACGUAUGAAAUGGCUUGUCGUCCUAAUAAUUACGAUUCAUAUGGAUAUGAUGAAUCAAGAUUUGAAAGCCCUGUCAACGAUAAUUUUUAUUGUCCAAUUUGUCUCAAUGUUAUAAAAGAUGCCAGAAUGUGCCAUAAUGAACACAUCUUUUGUCGUAAAUGUAUCGAAGAACAUCUACGAGUUAAUGCACAAAGAUGUCCUCAAUGUCAAGAUAAUUUGACUGUAUCUACACUUCUUCCAGCGCGUGUUAUAAAUAAUAUGAUUUCAAAGUUAAAGAUCAACUGCAACUACGCUAAUCGUGGUUGUCCGGAAUUUAUAAACGUUGAAGAUCUUGAAAGACAUGUUGAAAAUUGUGGUUUUGCUCCAGUGUUGUGUUCUAAUGUAGGUUGUGGUCUGGAGAUAAACAAACGAGACAAGAUUAAACAUGAAAAUGAGUUAUGUGAAUACAGAAAGAUUCCUUCUCACGACUUUGAAGAGAUUAGAGAAGUGUUUCAAAAAAGUUUUGAUCAAGUGAAAAUGCAGAUGGCUAAAAUAAAUGCAAAAAUGGAUCAAGAUAGAACUGAAAUAAAUAAAAAAAUUAAUGAUGUAUCUGGUCAGUCUACGAAAGAAAUAAUGGAAUUAAAGAAAGAAAUGUUGGAAUCAAGGAAAGAAAUAAAAGAUGUUCAACAAAACCUUUCUACAAUGACCAAGGAAAUGAAAGAAAUGAAAGCAAUGAUGUUUCAAAUGUUCGAAAAGAUAAAUAUAAAUGAACAACAUGUUCAAACAUCAACAUCACCAGUUGAAAUGUUGAUUAACUCUGUAAGAAGUGAUAUUUUGGUUGCUGGAGGUUCCUCACGUGGUCCCUCAAGUGUUGAAAUAUUUUCAUGGAAGGAGGAGAAAUGGUGUAAGACUGCAUCAAUGGAAAAUCAACACUGGAAAGCUUCAUCAUUUAUUUAUAAUGAUAAUUUAUUUGUUGUUGGAGGUUGUGGCAGCGGAAAGUCAAUAGAAAUAUUGAAUAUAAAACAGUUACCUUUGACAUGGAGAAAAUUUUCUGCAGAGCUUCCUUAUGGAUGUCGGAAUCAUCAAACUGUUGUUUAUAAACAACAAAUCUUUCACAUUGGAGGAUAUAAUUAUUAUAAUUAUACAACAUUGGAUCAAAUUAGUGAAAUACAGAUUACAGGUACAACAUCUUAUGUUUUGAAAGAGUUGUGUCGUAUGCCUGAACGAGAUGGCCAUGGAGCUGUUGUUGUUUAUGAUAAAGUUCUUAUUUUUGGAGGAGAGGAAAACAAUGGCAAAGUUUUGUCCAGUGUUUUGGAGUUUGAUCCAAGGACUCUUACAUGUAAGGAAAUGCCUCCAUUACAUCAUCCAUUGACUGAAAUGGCAAAAUUUUGUCCAGUGUUUUGGAGUUUGAUCCAAGGACUCUUACAUUUAAGGAAAUGCCUCCAUUACCUCAUCCAUUAACUGAAUUGGCGACAGUUCAAUGGAGAGAUCAAGUUGUUCUUCUUGGAGGUUCUGAUGAUAGAGAAAAAAGUUUGAAAAGUGUUAUCAUGUAUGACUGUAAUACAGGAAAGAUUACAGUCUUACCAUCCAUGUUGGAAAACAGAUCCGGGUGUUGUGCAGUUAUAACUGGUGGUACAAUUGUUGUCAUGGGAGGUGUGGAUGAUAAAGGUGAACAUCUUAAAUCAGUAGAGUAUUUUAAAAUGGGAAGCAGUUCUUCAUGGACAUAUCUUCCUUCAAUGAAUAAACGACGAUUUGUAGCCAUUGCUGAAAUUUUACCUUUUGGACAAAAGUAUAUAUAAGAACAGAAUUAUUCUCAAAAUAAUCAGAACAUUACAACUCAGUAAAAGUUGUUUAUAUUAAAGCUAAACACUACUUAAAAUUAAAUAUGUAAACUUACAAUGUCCAUAUAACCUUUGAUUAUUAUAAUAAAUUACUGGAGAAAUAAAUGGUUUUAGUAUUUUACUAAUGACAGAGACAAAAA